AUGAGCUUCUUGGCCAAGACCAGUACGAACGAUGCUAGUAAAGCAGUCGAAAAGGCUCGAAAAGAGAGAGAAUUACGUGAAAAGCUACGAGCUCAACAAUUAUCUCAACAAUCUCACGAAGAGGCUGCAACAGUCAUUCAGAGAUCACUAGGACGAUGGUAUGCUCGUGUUCUAGCUCGUAAAGCUCUACGAACUCUGUGGGAUCAACAGGCGACGAGUCACAGCCCAGAAGAUUUUGUACUCCAAGCCUUUCUUUUACUGAGCUUUUAUACUCACGGUGAUGACAGUGCUCGGUUAAGUCAGUAUAUGAAUCUCGUGUUGACUCAGAAAACACCUCCUUUUCUGGUUAUGAUCGCCAGAUCACGAACAACAAAGGCUACUCUUCGAGUUCUAAUGAGACUAUUACGAAUGGUCUUUGAACGAGUAUGUGGUCCAGCAUCACCAGAAUCAGUAAUGUCGCCACGAUCACCAAAUUGGAGACCUGCUACACAACCUCUAUAUCUGUCUGGAUUUGAAAUACGAUGGCUGUUUAUGAGUCUAGAUCCAAGAUCAUAUCCAGCGCAACUGCAACCUAUUCUACUACUCAUCUAUGACGAUCUGUUUCUGAAACAUGAUUGCUAUAAAAUCGUCAGACUCGCUUUACAACAGCAUAUACAUAAUAUAGAGAUAUACACACGACGCCUAGUGAAGGAUGAACAGGAUGAUAAAGUCGUGAAGGCAACACAUCUAUGGAUGGGUGUCAUGUUUAAUAUAGCUCUAUGGCCUCUGAAAUUUCCACAAUCGGAUUCCUUAUUAGCAACCCAAGUACCAUUCGUCAAACUAUUGAUUGAACAUAUUUGGACUAUACCAAUGGUAGUAAAAACCCUUGAUCAACAGUCUCUCACCAUUUUUCAGAAAUCGAACGUGUAUUCACGAGUGUUGGAGGUGAUAAAAUCCAAUAAUGAAGUGGUGACGAAUAUGAGUGGAGAGGACGCCUUUUGUAUUGUAGCCAACCUCGUCGACUCUCAGUCUCGACUAGGAGAAGAGCCUGCUGACGAUGCAAUAUUGAUAGUAGUCAAAAUCUUGUCGCAUUGUAAAUCCUUUAUUUCGAUUGCGACGUCUGUAAAGAAACCUAUACCAAAUAGUAGCAGUCAGUACCAUCCCGUGUUUGGAUGGUAUGCUUCUACCCUUAAACCGAAAGAAGGCCUGUCACUAUCACCUCAACAAUGGGAACGUGUCACUGAAUCUCUAACUUAUUUAUGGUCUCGAGCAAUCCUGACUCAACUUUUAAAACCAAUAAUAGUGUUUGCUCCAGAAGCAACUACAACCCCUCCCAAGAGUGUUAAAUCGCCUACAGGUGCUCGAAAACUGCUAAGUAUAGUUAGGCCGUCGUCGUCAGUAUUGUCUUUAUCAUCGGCAUCCACACAAGCCAGGCGUAUCGAAGUUACACAAGCAGCCUCACAUUUACUAGCUGUAUCAAAUCUAUACUUGUUGCUAUCACAAGUCUUAAUCCAGCUACGAAGCCAAAUAAUGUCUAGUAUUGGAUUCACUAUUGGAUUUGUGCCGGGAAUGUGGCGAAUCAUUACUGAGAUGGGUCCGACAUCUAAUGGACUGGAAUUGCUGUUCAAGUCUUCUAGAGAUCCAAGCAAGGAGCCAUUUGGUACUACACUGCAGUUGUUUUGUGAUCUGGCCUCCAGACUUUAUUUGACGCUUGAUGAUGAAGAGGUCUACGAACGUCAGUCACCCUUCACUUUGUCUGAAACUACAGAGAUGGCAAGAUUCCUGAACAGAUUUUGUUUCGAAUACCUGUCGGCCAAUCCUGCUACGACGAGUGGUACCGAGGCUGCAUUUGUAGAUCCGGUAUUCACAUCAUGUCGGCGCCUGCUAUCGUUGCUGUAUGACAGGUCUUCUCGACGCCCGUUCUCAGAUGAUCCAGACUUUUGGCUGAUCAAAGAAGUGAAGAAGACGUCCUUUGUAGAUGAUGUUGCUAAAGGAGAUACACGAGCUUUGCAUAUUCUCAGUAUUAUGCCUCAGACAAUACCUUUCAAAAAUCGAGUGGAGAUAUUUAGAAACCUCAUUCAACGCGACAAACUGACUGUGCCAUCUCAACCCCAUAUCAUUACUGUUUAUCGAAAACGGGUGCUUGAAGAUGGAUUCCGUCAACUGAACCGUAUACCGCCAUCGCAGUUGAAGCAAACGAUAAGAACGAAAUUUGUAAAUGAACUUGGGCUUAAUGAGGCUGGUAUUGAUCAAGAUGGCAUCUUUAAAGAGUUCUUGGAAGAAUUAGUCAAAAAGGCCUUCGACCCACAAUUCAAUCUGUUUAAGACAAACGAACUCUCUGGCCUCGCUUUUCCAUCUUCAACGUCAUUUAUUCAUGAAGAUCAUAUGAAUUUAUUUACAUUUGUUGGAAAGAUCUUGGCCAAGGGCCUUUUUGAAGGCAUUACACUGGACAUACCAUUAGUCAGCUCUCUUUAUUCCAAAGUGCUGGGCAAGAACCCCCAGCUGGACGAGCUACCAAGCGUGGAUCCUGAACUUUAUAAGAAUCUCACUUUUGUUAAGCAUUACGAAGGUGAUUGUGAAGAUUUAGGCUUGAGCUUCACGAUCGAUGCAGACAUUUUCGGCAAAAUUGAAACCAAAGAACUAAAAUACAAUGGACGGGACAUCUCUGUCACAAACGCCAAUCGAUACGAGUACAUCUACCUAGUAGCAGACUAUAAACUAAACAGUGAAUGUCGAGAGCAGCAAGAAGCUUUUGUCAAAGGGUUCCAAUCAGUUGUAAAGAGGGAUUGGCUGAGAGUGUUCUCGCCUGUUGAACUACAAAAAUUGAUGUGUGGUGAAGAUUCUCAAUUGGAUAUCAACGAUUUGAGAUCUCACACACGAUAUGAAGGAGGGUAUUUUGAUGGUCAUGGGACUAUAAGAAUGUUGUGGAAUACGUUGGGGAAGCUGGAUGCUGAGAUGCAAGGAAAGUUUCUCAAGUAUGUUACUUCUUGCUCAAGACCACCCAUUGGAGGCUUCCAACACUUGUCACCUCCCUUUACAAUCCGAUUCGUGCCGUCUGAUCCAGCAGACGAAUUACCAGAUAGCAAUGGUUUUGCGCGUGGCACAUUGUUGACUCAAGCGCUUGCUUCCGUUCUCGGAUUGGGCAAAGAUUCUGGCCGAUUGCCUACAGCAUCAACUUGCUUCAAUCUUCUCAAGCUGCCAUCAUACAAGAAGCAGACUACACUUGAGAAGAAACUUCUUUAUGCUGUAAGAGUGGUGCUUUAUUCGCCGCUGAUAUCAUGCAAAUGUAAUUAUUGUUUUGUUUUGUUAGAUUACGUCCAACACGGGCUUCGAGCUGUCGUAAUCGCCAAAGCUACUUAUGAUAUGCCUACUGAUAUAGGUGCAAUCGUCGAGUAA